CAGCCACUUCUGAAUAACAACAUGGAGGACAAGCAUGGUGUUGAAGACCAUCUACCUCCUUCAUGGAGAAACAGUGUAGGUAACGGACAUGUAACCUCCAAUGAGUUCCCGACAGAAUCAGAUGAACUCUCACCCUUGUUGGACUCCAGGAGGAACAUUAAGUCCUACAAGAGCCGGUGGUAUGUUCUGAUGGUGUUCUCCUAUUCUGCUCUUCUUCACACCGUGAUGUGGAACACAUUCGGACCCAUUGCUCAGUCAGCUAAGGCUGUGUUCGGGUGGUCGGAUGCCAAUGUUGGCAUGAUGACCAACUGGGCAAACAUUGUGUAUAUGGUAUCCAUGUUUCCGAUGGCCUGGUUGAUGGAUGUAAAAGGACUACGGAUAGCAAUGCUGUUUUGCUCUGGGCUGAUGGUGUUUUUAUCGGGCAUAAGAUGCAUCACUAGUGAGCCAGUACCGGCGACAUGGCUGAUGAACAUCGCAGCUGUUGUGAAUGGUGUAGCUGGUACUCUGCCAUUCGCCGGUCCCGCCCUCCUCUCAGCCACGUGGUUUCCCCCCAAACAGAGGGCCACUGCUACAGCUGUGUCAGCUAUUUUCACCUACCUCGGCCUGUCUGUUAGCUUCAUCAUUGGGCCGCUCUUGGUGCCACAGCCGGAGGAACCAUCCUUGAACAUGACUGACAUACUUUCUAUAAAUUCGUCAGAUGAAAUAAACUCCACUGCGUUCAAUCUGACGCCAGCCGCUAACAUAUCCGAGGUGAGAAGCGGCAUAAUGAGACUCAUGUAUACAGAAUGUGCGGCGUGUGUGCUGCUUCUGCUCCUGGUGGUGGUGUACUUCCCCGCCAAACCCCCGUCUCCCCCCAGUCUCACAGCAUCCCUGGGGAGGACGAGUUACCUCAAGGGGCUUAAGGGACUAUUCACGCAAAAACGCUUCCUGAUAAUCCUGGUGGCCUAUAGUGUUCCGACGGGUGUAUUUGGCGUGUUCGGAGCUUUUCUGGAUCUGGUGUUGAACGGUGUCGGAAUAACACAGAACCAAGCUGGUUGGAUGGGCUUUUAUGCCACAGUUGGUGGCUGUGUAGCGGCUCUGUUGAUGUCUAGGAUUGCUGAUCUGUUUCAACGUCACAUGAAGAUGAUGCUGCUAGUCCUAUUCGUCGCAGCUACAGUCGCUACACUCUGGUUUGUCCUGAUCCGUCUGUCUGUCAUCUCCUUCAGUAUAGCGUCGCUGUACCUGUCUUUCAUCUUGAUGGGGAUCUUCAUCAAUAGCUCUGUUCCCCUGUUCUACGAGAUGGGAUGUGAAGCGUCUUAUCCCAUCUCCGAGGGUACGACAACCGGUGUUCUAACCCUCGCCAACAACCUGACUGGAGUCUUGUUCCUGUCUGUGCUGCAAAUCCCGAAAAUAGGUGUUGAGUGGAUGAACUGGGCCAUGCUGGGCUCCGCAGCAGUAGCCGUUCCUCUACUUCUGUUUUUCAAAGAAAACUACACCCGGACUGAUAUUGACACACACAAAGUCAUCGUUCCUGAGUCUGAUCAGGGUGGUGCGUCGCAUCGACAAAUACAAACAUGAAAGUUAGCUGAUAGCAUAAUGGAUACAUCUUUGACAGGCCGAAGAUUGGUAAAGAGGGAUCAGUGGACAUUGGUGCUUGUAUUACUGUACAUGGCUAUGAGGAGUUCAGCUUGCUAUCUAACUGACCAAUAUUCAAAAUGUCAUUUUUCGUGUUUUACACGAUUCAAGGUCAAUACCGAGUGUAACUUCCAUGUGACAGCCAGCACACUCCUCCUCAUACCCCCUGUCAGCCUCCUGAUCCUCUAAGGAGCAGUAUACGCCAUUCCUCGUGUAAAGUAGCUUCAAAUUGGGCCAGGUUCAGUACAGGAGGAUCCCUUUGUUGCACACGACGACCAAUCACGUCCCAGCUAUGCUCCAAAGGGUUAAGAUCGGGGCUCAUUCAAUCGUGAGAUUUGUCAGGGGUGCUUAACUAAGUUCUUUUAUAUUUAUCAACAUGAUGCAAAUAACACGAUAUAUAAAUACGGUUAGUUAUGAAAUUGCAACUAUGGACAAUGUAGUAAAUGUAUCUUGCCUUGUCUUUUACAUGUCAUCACAUUGAUUGCCUACAUACGUUCAGUGUCAUUGUUCUGGUUUGCUUCUGUCUGGUACAUGUAUGUCCUCGUAGGUUGUUGACUUAAACCACACUCAUGGAUUUGUGAACAAUUAAUACAAACCAUGUAUAAAAUGACGUUAGGGGCGGUGGGGUAGCCUAGUGGUUAAAGCAUUCACUCGUUAAUCCGAAGACCCGGGUUCGAUUCUCCAAAUGGGCUCGAUGUGUGAAGCCCAUUCUGGUAUCCCUCGCCGUGAUAUUGCUGGAAUAUUACUAUAAGUGGCGUAAAACUAAACUCACUCACUCACUAGAAUGACGUUAACGAUUUAGAGAAAUACUGAUGUUGCUCAUCAAGCAUUCACAGAAACAGCUCCCGAAGCUGUCAGAAUAAACUCAUCAUUAAGUUGU